GGGCCGGAAGUGCGGCGCCUCCACUGUCCCGCCGCAGCCUCCGCUGGUUGCAGUCGCCCGUCUGGUCCUCUUGUGCGUGCAGCUUCAGGUCAGAUUUGAACCGCCACCAUGUCGAGCAAAAAAGCGAAGACCAAGACCACCAAAAAGCGCCCUCAGCGCGCAACGUCCAACGUGUUCGCCAUGUUUGACCAGUCCCAGAUCCAGGAGUUUAAAGAGGCCUUCAACAUGAUCGACCAGAACCGGGACGGCUUCAUCGACAAGGAGGACCUGCACGACAUGCUGGCGUCUCUGGGGAAGAACCCCACCGACGCCUACCUGGACGCCAUGAUGAACGAGGCCCCGGGCCCCAUCAAUUUCACCAUGUUCCUCACCAUGUUUGGAGAGAAGCUCAACGGCACCGACCCAGAGGACGUCAUCAGAAACGCCUUCGCUUGCUUCGAUGAGGAAGCCACAGGCACCAUCCAGGAGGAUUACCUGAGGGAGCUGCUGACCACCAUGGGCGACCGCUUCACAGAUGAGGAAGUGGAUGAGCUGUACAGGGAGGCCCCCAUCGACAAAAAGGGGAAUUUCAACUACAUCGAGUUCACGCGCAUCCUCAAGCACGGAGCGAAAGACAAAGAUGACUGAAGGGCUGCAGCUGACAUUCCUGUUGAGUUUCCUUAUUCACUUCAUGUCUCAGACACGCACCCCGUAGGACCUACUGUGUGCCACUUAGUCCCUCAGACACCCCCUCCCAUAGGACCUACUGUGUGCCACUUAGUCCCUCAGACACCCCCUCCCAUAGGACCUACUGUGUGCCACUUAGUCCCUCAGACACCCCCUCCCAUAGGACCUACUGUGUGCCACUUGGUUUCUCAGACACCCCCUCCUAUAGGACCUACUGUGUACCACUUGGUUUCUCAGACAGCCCCACCCCCACACCCCCUAAGGACCUACUGCGGGCCACUUAGUUUCACAGCCUUUCCUCUUUUUUAAUAUAUUUAUUCCAGACCCUUUCUGCCACUUAGCAUGUGUAUAAUCAGACUGGAACGGGGACAAUGUUGUAAAUUGUACUGAAAAUGAGAUGCAAAUAAAAAAAUCAACCAAUGUGAAAGCCCAGGAAAAUAUAUCGGCA